AUGCAGCAAGCCUUAGAGGGAUCCAGCGUUCGAACAUUCACUCCAUUUUAUUUUCUGGUGGAGCCAGUGGAUACGCUCUCAGUUAGAGGCUCUUCUGUUAUAUUGAACUGUUCAGCAUAUUCUGAACCUUCUCCAAAAAUUGAAUGGAAAAAAGAUGGAACUUUUUUAAACUUAGUAUCAGAUGACCGACGCCAGCUUCUCUCAGAUGGGUCUUUAUUUAUCAGCAGUGUGGUGCAUUCCAAACACAAUAAACCUGACGAAGGUUAUUAUCAGUGUGUGGCCACUGUUGAGAGUCUUGGAACUAUUGUCAGCAGAACAGCCAAGCUCACAGUAGCAGGUCUUCCAAGAUUUGCCAGCCAACCAGAACCUUCUUCAGUUUAUGCUGGGAACAGUGCAAUUCUGAAUUGUGAAGUUAAUGUAGAUUUGGUCCCGUUUGUGAGGUGGGAACAGAACAGACAGCCUCUUCUUCUGGAUGAUAGAGUUAUCAAACUUCCAAGUGGAACACUGGUUAUCAGCAACACUACUGAAGGAGAUGGGGGACUUUAUCGCUGCAUAGUUGAAAGUGGUGGGCCACCAAAGUAUAGCGAUGAAGCUGAAUUGAAAGUUCUUCCAGAUCCUGAAUUCACUUCAAACUUGGUAUUUUUGAAACAGCCUUCUUCCUUAGUCAGAGUCAUUGGUCAGAGUGCAGUGUUGCCGUGUGUUGCUUCAGGACUUCCUACUCCAACCAUUAGAUGGAUGAAAAAUGAGGAGGCGCUUGACACAGAAAGCUCUGAAAAAUUGGUGUUGCUGGCAGGUGGUAGUCUGGAGAUCAGUGAUGUUACUGAGGAUGAUGCGGGGACUUAUUUUUGUAUAGCUGAUAAUGGAAAUGAGACAAUUGAAGCUCAAGCAGAGUUUACAGUACAAGCCCAACCUGAAUUCCUGAAACAGCCUACUAAUAUAUAUGCUCACGAAUCAAUGGAUAUUGCAUUUGAAUGUGAAGUGACUGGGAAACCAACUCCAACUGUGAAGUGGGUCAAGAAUGGGGAUAUGGUUAUUCCAAGUGAUUACUUUAAGAUUGUAAAGGAACAUAAUCUUCAAGUUUUGGGUCUGGUGAAAUCAGAUGAAGGGUUCUAUCAAUGCAUUGCUGAGAAUGAUGUUGGAAAUGCACAAGCUGGAGCCCAACUGAUAAUCCUUGAACAUGUCUAUCGUCCACUCUUUGCUCCGGGAAAAGAUCACAGCCUCGGGCUGGCAGAGACGCUGGCCCUUCCUCUUCACUUGCCACCAAGAUUACCGCUCCUUCCCAGUGCUGCUCCUCAGAAUCUGUCCUUAGAAGUAAGAAAUUCAAAGAGUAUUGUGAUUCACUGGCAGCCACCUCCUCCAGCCACACAAAAUGGUCAGAUUACUGGCUACAAGAUUCGCUACCGAAAGGCCUCCCGAAAGAGUGAUGUCACUGAGACCUUGGUAACUGGGACACAGUUGUCUCAUCUGAUUGAAGGUCUUGAUCGGGGGACUGAGUAUAAUUUCCGAGUGGCUGCUCUAACAGUCAACGGCACAGGCCCGGCUACUGACUGGCUGUCUGCUGAAACUUUUGAAAGUGACUUAGAUGAAACUCGUGUUCCUGAAGUGCCUAGUUCUCUUCAUGUGCGGCCACUGGUUACUAGUAUUGUAGUGAGCUGGACUCCCCCAGAGAAUCAGAACAUUGUGGUCAGAGGUUAUGCCAUUGGUUAUGGCAUUGGCAGCCCUCACGCCCAGACCAUCAAAGUGGACUAUAAACAGCGCUAUUACACCAUCGAAAAUCUGGAUCCCAGCUCUCACUAUGUGAUAACCCUGAAAGCCUUUAACAACGUGGGUGAGGGCAUCCCCUUGUAUGAGAGCGCUGUGACCAGACCUCACACAGACACUUCUGAAGUUGAUUUAUUUGUUAUUAAUGCUCCAUACACUCCAGUGCCAGAUCCCACUCCCAUGAUGCCACCUGUGGGAGUUCAGGCUUCCAUUCUGAGUCAUGACACCAUAAGGAUCACAUGGGCGGACAACUCACUGCCCAAACACCAGAAGAUUACAGAUUCCCGGUACUACACAGUCCGAUGGAAAACCAACAUCCCAGCAAACACCAAGUACAAGAAUGCAAAUGCAACAACUUUAAGUUACUUGGUGACUGGUUUAAAAGCAAAUACACUGUAUGAAUUCUCUGUGAUGGUGACCAAAGGUCGAAGAUCAAGCACGUGGAGUAUGACAGCCCAUGGGACCACCUUUGAAUUUGUUCCUACUUCUCCACCCAAGGAUGUGACAGUUGUGAGUAAAGAGGGAAAACCUAGGACGAUAAUUGUAAAUUGGCAACCUCCCUCAGAAGCCAAUGGCAAAAUUACGGGUUACAUCAUAUAUUAUAGUACGGAUGUGAAUGCGGAGAUACACGACUGGGUUAUUGAGCCUGUUGUGGGAAACAGGUUGACUCACCAGAUACAAGAGUUAACACUUGACACACCGUACUACUUCAAAAUCCAAGCCCGAAACUCAAAGGGCAUGGGGCCCAUGUCUGAAGCUGUCCAAUUCAGAACACCUAAAGCGGACUCCUCUGAUAAAAUGCCUAAUGAUCAAGCCUCAGGUUCUGCAGGAAAAGGAAGCCGGCUGCCAGACCUAGGAUCUGACUACAAACCUCCGAUGAGUGGUAGUAACAGCCCGCAUGGAAGCCCCACCUCUCCCCUGGACAGUAGCAUGCUGCUGGUCAUCAUUGUUUCGGUUGGCGUCGUCACCAUUGUGGUGGUUGUGGUCAUCGCUGUCUUUUGCACCAGGCGCACCACCUCUCACCAGAAAAAGAAACGAGCUGCUUGCAAAUCAGUGAAUGGCUCCCACAAGUACAAAGGGAACUCCAAAGAUGUCAAACCCCCGGACCUCUGGAUCCAUCAUGAGAGACUGGAGCUGAAACCCAUCGAUAAAUCUCCAGACCCAAACCCCAUCAUGACUGAUACUCCAAUUCCUCGUAACUCUCAAGAUAUCACACCAGUUGACAAUUCCAUGGACAGCAACAUCCAUCAAAGGCGGAAUUCAUACAGAGGGCAUGAAUCAGAGGACAGCAUGUCUACACUGGCUGGAAGGCGGGGAAUGAGACCAAAAAUGAUGAUGCCUUUUGACUCCCAGCCACCCCAGCCUGUGAUUAGUGCCCAUCCCAUCCAUCCCCUCGAUAACCCUCACCAUCAUUUCCACUCCAGCAGCCUCGCUUCUCCAGCUCGCAGUCAUCUCUACCACCCGGGCAGCCCGUGGCCCGUUGGCACAUCCCUGUCCCUUUCAGACAGGGCCAAUUCCACAGAAUCUGUUCGAAAUACCCCCAGCACUGACACCAUGCCAGCCUCCUCGUCUCAGACGUGCUGUACUGAUCACCAGGAUCCUGAAGGUGCUACCAGUUCCUCUUACUUGGCCAGCUCCCAAGAGGAAGAUUCAGGCCAGAGUCUUCCGACAGCCCACGUGCGCCCUUCCCACCCACUGAAGAGCUUUGCUGUGCCCGCAGUCCCGCCCCCAGGCCCUCCCACCUAUGACCCCGCGCUGCCAAGCACACCAUUACUCUCCCAGCAAGCUCUGAACCAUCACAUUCACUCGGUGAAGACGGCCUCCAUUGGGACUUUAGGAAGGAGCCGGCCUCCUAUGCCAGUGGUGGUGCCCAGUGCCCCUGACGUGCAGGAGACCACAAGGAUGCUGGAAGACUCUGAGAGUAGCUACGAACCAGAUGAGCUGACCAAAGAGAUGGCCCACCUGGAAGGACUAAUGAAGGACCUAAACGCCAUCACGACAGCAUGAGACCUUCCCCAGGACCUGACUGCAGAUCUGGGUCUAGAAGUCUUGGGACAGAGCCUGGAAAGCAAGGAUUGUACAGAGCACGCAAGGACAGCACUUGAGAACACAGAGUGAGCGAGCCAACCAGCCGGCGCCCCUGCGUGGGGCCGGCUCCAGGCACGGCCACCUGCCUUCUCCUGGUCGGCCUGGAAGAAGCCCAUGUCAAGGCGGCUUCCCUUUGCCUGCUGAUACCCUGCAGGACUGGGCACCAUGGGCCAAGAUUUUGUGUCCGGGGAAGAGGCAAGAAGUGCACCCUACAUUUCACUUUGUGGCCAGGCUGUGUCUUCGUGCUGCGACUGCAUCGCCUUUAUGGAGUGUAGACAUUGGCAUUUACGUACAAUUUUGUGUCCUAUUUUAUUUUACCUUUGAAAGGAAAACACUAUCAAAAACCAAGGGAGUCCAUGGUGUUCUCCACAAGUGGUUGACAUUUGACCACUUGUUUGAAUUCUGUAUGGAAAGUCAUUGACAGUGUGGGUUAUCCCAGGGGUUGGCUUGUUUUUUGUUUUUAUUUUUGAAUUCUGAGUCAUUGCAUCCUCUACCAGCUGUUAAUCCACCACUUUGAGGGGGGAGGAAAUGUUGCAUUGCUGUUUGUAAGCUUUUUUAUUAUUUUUUUAUUAUAAUUAUUAAAGGCCUGACUUUCUCCUCUCAUCACUGUGAGAUCACAGAUCUAUUUGAAUGAAAUGUAACAUUGAAAAGACUUGUUUGUUGCUUUCUGUGCAGUUUCAAAGUAUUGGGGUGGGGGUGGGCUGGGAGGUUGGGAAUAGGAAGUGGAGGGGCUGCUGAGGUCUGUGAAUGUUUCAGUCGUCGUGCGUUCUUCCAGAAGCCUGCAGAGAACGGAAGCAUCUUCUUUUUCGUCCUGUCCUCGCAUGUCCAUCUCUAUUGUCACUAAGUUGCAACUGGACUUUCAUUUGGAUCUAGUUAAAAAAUUCUUCUGUGCAAUAGGUGAGUUCGAGGACUUAGCUGCCCUGAUGUCUGGGUCUCAUCCUGGUGAGGACGUCCAUGAUGAGGAAGGAGCCAGUGCCCAGGCGAGAGCCCGAGCCGUUCCUGGAGAAUCAGGGGGCAAGAUGGAGCCCUUUCCCGCUGUUACCGUGUGUUCCCUGGGCGACACGGGAGGUGAAGGAAGGAACUUUGUUUCCUCCCAGGACUCCUUGCUUCUCUCUAGUCCCUGUCCUUAGCCAGUCUGGUUCUCUCUGCCCUGUUCCAGAGCCCCGUAGGGAAGGCAUUCGCAAGGACGAGGCGGGCAGAGGCUGCAGCAGCCCUGAGGCUCUCCGCUUCUUUCCGAACAUUGUUCUGGAGGUAGCAGAGGAUGGGGACAGCAGAAAGGGACAGCGGAGGUGGCUGCCGCCUCCUCCAUCCCAGCAGCUCAGCGAAGCCCCUGAUAAGAACGGAGUAGCAGGGGGCUCCUGAAAUAUGCCGAGAGGCCCUUUGCCUUUGCAAACAGCCCUUACGUUCUUUGUCUUAAAAAGGUAAGGAGCUGUGAGGUGGGUUUUUUAAAUACUGCAAAUAGGAACAAAAUCCAGGACUGACCGUCAAGCAUCUUCCCCGGCUCCCCGCCACUCCCCAGAAGACAGUGCGGAAGGCAGUUAGAAGGCACGUCAGGCUUUGGUUCUGUGGCAGGAAGAGGUGAGCUGCUGAGACCGCAGGUGGGUACCCAGCCCACCAGCCCGGGGGCCCUGGGCUCUGCCCUGGCCCCACAGGCACCCCACUUGCCUUUGUACAUUCGUUCUUUCCCCUCUUGAGGUCUUCACACGUAUUUGCUGUUGUAGAAGACGAACUCUUUGUAUUUAUUAUUUGGGGGGCAAUGAGAAGUGCAAUGCCGGAAGUCCUGCUGCCAUGCUAGCUGGUCACAGAGGAUCGUGCCAGGCAGGGUUCUGGAAAACCAGUGCACUUAAACUGAUCCUGAGGAGAGCACUCAGAGCACCCUGGACACCAGGACGGCUAGAUUCCCCAGAAGCUGUCUUACCUUUUGCCCAAAGAAACGUGCUCGGUAUUCGGGGCGCUCCUUCCCGUGAACCCUGACACUUGCGUUACCUCAGGGCCUCGGCACCUGGAUACUGCCGCAGAACGGGGGCGGGGAGGGGGGGCCUAUUUUUAAAUAAAAUAACUUCAAAGUUGGGGGAUUUUUUAAAAUUAAGAAAAAGGAAAGCUAUUCUGUAUUGCACCUUUUCACAAUUUAAUACAUUUUCUUACAUUUUCCUGUGAUUUUUGAAAUUAAACCAUUGUGUGUCUUGUAACGUCCUAGUUGAGUGGCUGCUCAGCAGCUUCCUCCAGGAGGAUUUGGAACAAACGUGUCUGCUGCCUUGUUGUCUGCUGGAGGGGGGCCUGGGGGGCUGCUGGGGACUGGUUUCUGUACACACUUGUUUGGCCUUUUCUGUAGUUGAUGCUGUAAACUCUAUGGCUUUUUAAAGAAACAAUUUCAUGUUUUUAUUUAGUAUUGGAAAUCCAAUACACUUUUUUAAUCCAAUCAAA